AUGGGAGGGAAGUCUUCCUUCUCCUUCUUCUGCCCCAUGUUCAGCUUCCUGUCGAGGUCGAGCUCGAGGAGGUACGACGACGGCUACAUGAGCGACUGGGAGAGCGCUCGGCCACAGAGGUACGGGAGCAAGGUGCGGUCCAGCGACGAGGACUACGGCUGGUGGGUCGGCGAGCGCGACGUCGACCGCAAGGCCGCCGACUACAUCAACGACUUCCACCAGAAAAAGGUCUCCGUCUAAAACCACGAAGAACCUACCUACGUACCACUACAAUAUGUAUGCAUACUAGGAGCCGAGUAUGUAUCAACAGCCAUGU